AUGGGUAUUACUAUCGUAGGUUCACUAAAUUACGACUUGGUUACUUUCACAAGUCGUAUUCCUGACUCUGGUGAGACCUUUAGGGCAAGUAAUUUCGAGACUCAUGCUGGUGGUAAAGGUUUGAACCAGACAGUCGCAAUUUCUAGGUUGAGAAAGCCUAAUGCUGAUUACCCCGUUCGUAUGAUCGGUAACGUUGGUGACGAUUCAUUUGGUAGGGAGUUGCUGGAUGUUUUAAGCCAGAACAAAGUUGAUACCUCUCAUGUAGGAGCUUUAGCAGGGGUCAAUACCGGUGUGGCCAAUAUUAUAGUAGAGCAAGAGAAAGGUGGUCAAAAUAGAAUUCUUAUAGUGGAGGGUGCUAAUGGAGGGACUGUUUACACGUCGGAUGAGCUUAAGAGUCUGUUCGAUUCCAUGUAUUCUCAGAAGGAAAUGGUGGUUCUACAACACGAGAUUCCUGAUCCUGUUUCAAUCAUGAAAUGGGUGAAUGAGAACAAACCAGGUUACCAGAUAGUUUAUAAUCCUUCACCUUUUCAACCACUGAAGAGGGAUAGCUGGGCCCUUGUAGAUAUACUGGUGGUAAAUGAAAUUGAGGCAUUACAAGUCGCCCAAUGCACAUAUGAUGGGAAUCACCUCCGUUCUAUCAAAGAUUCUGUAAAUAAAGAUUUUAUUGAAGGCUAUAAACAGUUAUGUAAGUUAUUCCAGGCUGAUUUAGUAAACGAGAAUAAGUCAGCUACAGUUAUAAUUACGUUGGGGGUAAAGAGGCGUUUAUUUUCGUCAAAGGCACAACCUGAUGUUGGGUACCUGCCUGCAGUAACCGGCAUCAAAGUGGUUGAUACUACAGGUGCUGGCGAUACCUUCUUAGGUGCAGUGGUCACGCAACUUUAUGAGGGGGAGCAAUUAGCCACCGGUAUAUCGUUUGCGACAACAGCAAGCUCACUAGCAAUCCAGAAAAGUGGUGCCGCUGAAAGUAUACCAUCUCAUGCAGAGGUAAAUGCUGCAACAGGAGAUAGUUAG